AUGUAUCCUCUUCACAGACGUUCCAUAGUUUUCAGACCAGACUAUCGCUACGCGAUUAUUCCGAAAGAUGUCCAAACACGUCCACAAGCUACUCACCCAAUCGAACUACACUUCUAUCGACUUGACGAAAAGAAGGAUCACGAUAAACGACUUGCACAUGUCCAUCCACCAACCCCGCCCCCAAACAAACUAAAAGCCCACAAAAUAACCGCCCAGGAAAACCUCGACGACUGUAGUGGAGGAUGGUCUCGAGGAGCAUCUCAGUGUAAAGGAUCCAGGGUUACUGGUGAAGCGGCUUGGGGUAGCACGGAGGCGGAGGAGGAUAGGUUGGUUAAGAGGGUGGAGAGAGUUUUUAAUAGGAAGUUGGGACUGGAAGAUGAGGAGUAUGAUGAUUGA